UAUGGUGAUGAGUAAUCAGUGGCAUAGUCAUUGAUGAAGGGCAUAUUUGGUCUGUGCAACUUUAAUAAAAACUGUAUUUAAUAAAUUAAAAAUGCAUUGUAUGGCAUUCCUCGCAUAUGCGUCACAACGUUUGCUUUGGAAGCCACUAAUCUGGCAUGCGUCGCAGUUGAUAUCGCUAGAUAUCAUCAUUAACGUUAUCAGUAACGCUUCUUUCGGUUUGUACUGUGGAGAAAAGUCGUGCAAUAACCCUUUAUAUGAAGUUCUAAUGGCACUUGUACAGUAUUGAUAGGGGUUUUUAUUGCCCAUUAGAUGGAUAGAAAUUCGACUGCACGGAUAUCAAUCAUCGACAUUAGAAUGUUUUGGUAGCCAAAUGACAUGCUGCAGACGACUUCGAUUCAACUCAGUACGGUUAGUUAUAUGCUACCUUCGGUUAAGAUGGUUGCAAGAAAAAGAAAUAUCUUUAUGUUUGCUUUAGUUCUCACUCUAGUAAUAGUGUGCAUUAAAUUUGAAUCGAUACAAAACGAGAUUGCUAAUCGAUUUGUGGAUCAAAGAAAAUCAAUUAUAAAAAUGAAUACAGUCAGUGAGAUGACUAGUGUUUCGAGGGAUUGGUCAACUACAUCUCGAAGAACAAAAACGUACCGACCGUGGGUGACAAGUGAUAGUAAACCGGGUGUGUUUCGGAUGCCGGAUAUACAAAGCAAUGAACGAGAGAUACAACCUGAGAAAAAUAUCUUUUUUGUAAUUUCCACUAUAAUUAAGGAUGAUAUAGCGAGGCUGACAGCUCGUCAAGCGUGUGCAAUAGAAUCUGCCGCUAGGGCUAACCCUGACUGGAGUGUGUUCGUCCUGUUCACAUCGGCCAAUACGUUCAAUUUCCAGAGCAGUGCCCACAUGUUUCCACUGCUGUUUUAUUCCAACGUCUAUUUUAGGCGUUUGAAUAUGGCUACAUUCGCGGUUGGCACUCCACUAGAAAAGUUCUUCCGAGAUAACACCCUUCGGAACUCCAGCUUUAUCGUAGAACACACCUCAGAUGUUCUGAGAUUGCUCACAUUAUACAAAUACGGGGGUACUUAUCUGGACUCUGAUGUGGUCGUAAUGGAUUCCUUGAACGACCUACCACGCAACUAUCUCGGAUCCGAAGGGGACGGUUACAUUGCAAAUGGAGUGAUCAAUCUGCAAGCGACUGGCUACGGACAUAUGGUGGCGGAAGCUUUUUUGAAUGAAAUCGCGAACACAUUCAAUGGUUCGGUAUGGGCGGCCAAUGGACCGGCUAUGGUGACGCGGGUCAUGCGCAAAAUCUGCAACGUUACCAACGUAUGGGACAUGACGCGAGCAAAAUGUGGCGGACAGAUAAGUGUCCUUCCUCCUGAGACGUUCUUUCAAGUGACGUACCCACACCACACGAGUUACUUCGAGGUAGAGCAUACAGCAGAAGUCCUGGACAGGAUAUCCGGUCACGUUCUGACCCAUCUCUGGAACAAGUUGACCAGCGGAAUAGUGUUACGCAAAGACAGUCCGGUUGCGUACAUCAUUUUGGCGAAUGCCUACUGUCCAAAUGUGAUAUAUAAAUGUGUAGAUUAUUUUUAGAUGUCAAUACAAGAAAGAUACGACAUGUAUCUAUUGCAAAAAAUAAUGUUUGAUGACACAAUCAAUCAAUCAAAGUUGUCAGACUAAAAUAUCGUUUUUCCUACGAUAGCUCUUGGUUACAUUAGAUCAUGGGUCAUAAAAAAUCUGUACGACAUCUAAUGAAAUUAACCUUUUAAUUUCAACUGACAUCGUGCUUCAUACGAUACACGCGGUUUCCCCGGCCAUGCUAAACAAAACACAACAAAAUGCGUGUGAAACAUUUUCAAAAUAUUCUAAAAUAUCUUGAUCAUGAACUUAGUUCCCCUACGCGGCGCACGGAAGUAAUUCGACCCGGUUGAGGGCGAUGUCAUCACUUAAACACUCAUCAUCGCUUGGUAACAAUCCGUUCAGAAUAGUAGCUAAAAAUAAUUAGCAGACUAGAGAAAGGUUUCGCAUUAUGGACGUCCACCAAGCCAUCGUCGUCAUCGAACCAGAGAGCAGUAGGUACCUAC